UUGAAUGUGGCAACGCGAUUGUCGUAUGUCAUGCGGCAAGCCAUUUUGUUUUGCAAUUUACUGACGCUGAUCGCUAAAGUGUAUAGAUUUAUCUAAGAAAAUUCUUGAAAUAGCUGGGAUAUUUUAUUAAACAACUGACAGUUUAUAGAUUUGUAAAAUGAGCCGCCGGCACGAUUCAGAAAACGAGGACGAUCCUGAACCGUUCGAGAGUUCUGGAGACGAAUGGAACGUCGAGGACGCUAAGAAGGAGGAGACCAGUCGGAGAAAGUCUUCAAGAAUAAGCAGGAAGCCCAAAAGGCCACUGGUUGAGGAAAGUGCCAGUGAUUUAGAUGGAGAAGGACAGUCGGAGGAAGACGACUACUUUUCGGAGGAAGAACCCGUUCCCAAGAAAAAACCGCAGAAAAAGGUUACUAACACACCAAAAUCAGCCCAGAAAAAACAAAAGGUGUUAAACGACAGCGAUUUAUCAAAUGAUACAAACUCCAAUAUGUCCCAAGAAGACAACAAGAAAGAUAAUGCCGCUACAGAUUCCGACUCCUCUAGGACCAGCACGAAUGUUCAAUCCAGAGGAGUUCACAGAAAAGUUAUUCCUAAGACUAUCUAUUCAGAAGAUUACGCUACCGGUUCCUUCGUCAUAUUGAAAAAGGAUGCUCAGGGCAGCGACCCAAGCAAGCAUCCAGUCAUUUGGCGAAUUGACGGCAAAGCAUUGCUACAAAAAUAUGAGGCGUUCGAUGAAGAAGAAACAGUCAGACACAAAAACACCUCAAUUGAUAAUUGCUUGCGUGUUUCCAAUUCAAAUUACUUUGUGGUUUCUUGUUUACACCUUGUAGAAUAGGCAUUAGUUGAUUUCCUUCGACUUGCACAAUUAACAGUACACAGGCUGGUCACCAUUGGACAAAGAUCUAUAUGCCCCAAUUACCGUCGAUGUGAUCCGGCACAAUAAUAACAAUUUGACUGUGCAGGUGCAAUGGGAUAAACUCAACAUAAUUAAUGCGGACAGCGACUAAUUAAAUUGAUUUUUAAAUUUGAACAUAAUGCUUGUUAGUUAAGAGUAUAAAAUGUGUGACAAAAAUAUGAAUCAGAAAAUCGAAAUUGAACGACAGAUGCAUUCAAUAAAUAUUCUGAUCUUGAA